GGUAUACUAGUGUGUACUGAUGAUUGGUUUAAGGAUUAAAAGUGAACAAGUUCACCUACGCAUAUUAAAGCAGUUAAUGCGUGUAGUUAACCCAAUGACUGGCAUGAUAUCCAUCUAUCCAGUAAAAGGCAUGUGUACUGUACAGCAUUUCCUAUUGUCACAAUAUAAGGCUAUUGGAUAUAGCCAUUGAAGCUACAGAAACACCAGGUUUUCUGUUAUAGUCGUUUGAGUUCAUUAAUUCACGUUAAGUAAAACAGUGGGAUAAAUAAUAAGUUUAGAUGGAAAUGUUUUGUAUGUGAGAAUGGUGGGCCGUUGAGGUUGUAAGUUGCCCACAAUGAGUGUUACACAUGUUAUGUCACCUUCUAGGAGCAAUAUCAGCCGAAUUCAGAAUAGUAAACGAAUCAGGGUGUGGUCAGAUGAAGGCAUGACAAAAGUCCAUGAAGUCGUCGUCUCAUGGUACGAGACUGAUGAAUUGUGUAUAUUUCUGCAUUGUUAAGCUAGUAACACAAAACUAAUUCACACUGUUGUCCCACUUCUCCAGUGAAUUGAGAAAAAUCUUUUGCUGUUUCUGCAUCUAAUAUUGUGAAGCAGGAUUAUAUGAAUAUUUAACUUCACGUUGCGGAGAUGUGAUUGACUGCCCUAAUCACCUGGAUUUCAGCCUGUACGUCAUACAUUUUAAUCGAAAUCCACUUAUAUCAGCCCGGCCAAAGGGUUACUAUUAUUAGCCUCCACGUAAUAAUUGUGUGACUACAUAGCUUACAACAUAAAUGUCUGUUCCAGAUAACUGUUUUCAAACAGGCUUCACAUUUAUUACUCUCCAACCUUCACUAAGUGAAGAAUAGUUUGUGUGUCAUACCGUCGAUUUUCGGUUGACGGGCGAAUUAUCUCAGCAUUUGGCUAAUUAUGCUAGCACAAAAACAUGGAUUAUGUUACUUGCCAAAGGUAGAACUAAGUGAUUCACCAGCUAAAGAAAAUGUUGUAGCCGGAACAACUAAAAAACGCAAAUCCUAUCCAGCCCAGCCUGGUUCAACAGUCUCGUCUACACAACGAUCCGAUGGUGAAGACGACUCGAUUGGAUCAAGUGAUGAUGAUGAAUCAAUCGAUGCUAAACGACCUAGAAGUAAUGCUGCAGCCUCAGGUGGUGGUGCUGGUGGUGGCGGCGGCGGCAGUGCUGGUGCUGGUGCAUCAUCACGUAAUGCUAAUCGUCAAAAAUUCAAAAAGCCUGCUGCUACUUCAAAUCGUCUUAAAGUCGAUGAAGACGAUGAUAUGGAUAGUAAUGAUGACGAUGACAAUUCAACUUCAAAACGUCUAAGUUCAGCAGCUAGUUCUAAAUCCUCGCUGAAAAAACGUUCCAAUGGUACAGAAAAGGUGAAAAAAUCACAUUCAAAUUCUGUUUCACGUAAAUCAUCAAGUACAACUAAACAGCCUAGUAGUCAUAUGCAUAGUAAGGAGAAGCGUCGUUCAGGUAAAUCCAGUAAAUCUGGUGGUUAUGAUGCUGAAGAUGAUACUGCUGCUGCCGCCGGUGGUGAUAUGUUCCAUUAUGACAGUGAAGAGUGUUCAGCUCGACCGUGUAAACAACCUCAAGAUAUAGCUAUCGAUUGGAUUCAAUGCGAUCGUUGUGCUCUAUGGUAUCAUCAAGAGACAAAAGAGUUGAGUUUUCUGUUGGAGUUCCACCAACUGGACGCUACAUCCAAUUUGGGAUCAUCAACUGAUAUUAUGACAGUAUCAGGUGUUGAGUCAUGCAAUGAUUAUGGAAAAUUGUUAUAUCCACAUAUAGCGAAGCGAAAACUCAGACUUCCUGUUAUCUCUAAACCCGUACCACCGUCUAUUUUCUGCGAACCUUGGCAAUUUAUCUUGAUGUGGUUGCGUACAAAUUCAAGAUACACAAGGAAAUGUGGAGUUUUCUUAUCGGAACCGUCUAUUCCAUUUCUGUCACUUCAAUAUAUUCCACCGAUUCAUCCGGUGGAUUCUCUGUCCGUGAAUAAUAAUAAUAUAAAUGCCACGUCUUCGAUACCUUCUACCAGAGAUCGAUGUUAUGAAGCCUUAUUAUUCUCAACACAAGCUAACAGAACUGCUGUACGUGUGACAUUGUUUAAAGAUUCAAAAACUGAAAAUGACACCUUUCAAUGUGUCUGUGAACCAUACAUCAAUUUACCAUCUUCAUUCAAUCAUUUGCCAAUCAGUGAAUUAAAGUCAAUUGAAAAUUUUGUUACAACAAAAAUAUGGCCGAUAAUUGAAAAAGAAUUCAAUAGUGAACAAUGAAUAGUUUGUAAUAUACAUAUAUGUAUGGUUUUUAUAUUCCACCCCAGCCCAACCCACCGAUGCCCCCCCCUCGCGCUCUGCACCACGUCUUCUUGUCAAAUAAUUUGAGUAUAAAUUAUCAUUCCAAUGUUCA